AAGUUCACGUAAUAAACAAAUCAUCAUUAACCUGAGAUGGCACCGGCCAAAAAUUCUUUUCAAAUUUGGUAUCUAGAGGUUGGUAGUAAAAAACCUAUUUAACGAUAAACAAAACAUACCGGCGAGAGCACAGACAAAGGAUCUCGUUGUUACGUCCACUUAAAACUUGCAUCCACAGUUGAAUGUGGCAUUUGAGGUGCAGAAACGAGAUAAGAUGGAUGAGGGUGGCGACGAAAUUUCAAUUGAUUCGUUGGAAGCAUUUGACACAUACCACGACGAAGUCGAAUUAUCAGAUAUAGAUGAAGUCGAUGAGGAGGAGUCUUUUGAGGUAACUAGUAAUUCCUCCUCGUCUCAUCAAGAAUAUGGUCGUGAGUUCAAUUCAGACAACGAAGAGAAUCUUAGUCACUCAUCGGAUGGUAGUACGGAACCAUUAGGAGAAAUAUUGGAAGAAAAUAAUAACGAUCCCAACAAUAAUAUGGAAGGGGGGGAGGGUAAUCAAACUGAGGAAUUACGGCCAAUCGUAGAGCUGCCAGUGAGUCCACAGCCAGGAUGUAGUAAGGAUUUCAAUCGUACUGAGAACGUUGAUAGAGUCAGUGGCGAUGUACUUAGAGCGGCUGUUAGAAUUCAAACAUUUUUGCACAAUACCUCAUACACUCAAAUUGUCAGCAUUUUGCGAGAACGACCCAACUUUGAACUUGAAGUUAAUAAAUUGUUUGCAAAACCAGAUAACGAAACAUCAUUAAAGCGAACUCACGAUGAUGAUGACAUUUGUCAGAUUGAGAAGAAAAGAUUGACUCUCCAAAUAACGUCCAUUACUACACUCAACGAGAUGGAAGAAGUGUUGCAAAGCCCAGCGCCUGAAGCGGUUCUUGGUGUUCCUGAAGUACAUAACCAAGCCCAGGAGUUAACACCUCCGGAGACUCAAGGUCAACAUAAUAAAAUUUACACUCUUAAAAAUAAUACACCUAUUCGAGUAGAUUCAAGUGAUGAUGAAGAUUGGGCUAUGAGAGAGUUAUCGCAUAACAUCACUCCACUAUGGUCGCGUCCUUUACAAAAAAUGUCACCUACUAAAGGUUCUGGCAAAGCAGCUGUAGUUACUAAUAUCAAAACCAAAGGUUUAAGGCCGAAUGAAGCAGCAAUGGAUUGGAGAGAUUUGAGAGCAGCAAGAGACAAUAAUGGGAUUAGUAAAGAAGUAAACAUGAGUGCUAGACCUACUUUGAAGGUCACAACAGCUCCAGCUACAAUAGUCCGAGAAGAACAAUCAACGACUAAAACAGUCAUGACAUUGGCAGCAACCAAUCCAGUUCACGUGAAGAAAGGUGUGGUUAGGGAAAUACCCGCUGCUGUAGGGCCUUCCCAAGGACGAGGACGCCCCGAUCACAGUCCCAUAAUGGCAGGCCACACAAUGCUUAAUGACGUACCUACGAAAAUAAAGAUUGUAACAAAUGGCAGUGGCACCCACGUCAUUGCAGCCGAUAAUUAUCCAGCAGCCUUCCCACAAGCUGCUAUAAUGCAGCCACCUAGGCUUGGACGCUCACCACAAUAUCAGCCACGUUUUCAUUUUCCACCACCUUUUAUUGACCCCCAACCGGGAUCUUCAACAGCCUUGAACGUGAAAGAUCAGCUGCAGCGUGACCUUCGAGAAGCCGAUCGUCAAAUAGCAGAGAGAAUUAAUUAUCGUAUACGUCAAGAUGCCGAAAAGCGUCGAGGCCAGUAUAAUUAUAUUUCCCCACAGGCUCCAGCAAGAAUACCUCCACGUCCAAAGAGGAACAUUUCUCCACUUCCACCUCUACCGACCCCAGGACUUGUCGAUCAACAAAUCUCAGCAGCUACCACUCCACAAAUUCCUCUGGUCCAUGUCGAUGAAGGUCUAGAUUUAUUUCCCCCAAAAAAUUAUGGAAAAUAUUGUCGGGAAAUUUACACCAAACUUCGUGCAAUGUUUCCAAAUAUAAAGAAAGGGUAUAUUAAACGAAUUACACCAGCGGAUUGGGCACCAAACGUCGCCCAUGAUGUACAAUUUGGUCAAAUUGUUGAGCGUUUACUGGCAAAUGAAGAUUCCUGGGAAUUAGAUGUUCCGAUCGAAGAGCCAGAAGAUUUAAGAGGAGCUGCUGGAAAUGCACGAACAGUCGAUGAAACGUACGAGCAUUUAUUGGGAAUAUUCCCUGACGCUGAUCCUACAUUUUUACGUGAUAAAGCUGAAAAAACGUACAAAGAUGAUCAGGCCUUAGAGGCAUUCAUUGAGGGAAAUCUAAAAACGCAUAGUUAUCCUACUAGAGAGCAGUACCUUUCGAAAAUGAGGAUUACCGAAGAGCAGCUGCGUUAUACGAACAACUUUACUGUGCCUACAUUUCUAGAGAAAUUUCCAGAUCCAUUUAAACACUUUAUGGAUGAAAAACGAAAGUGUAAGCAUGUUACUGUGGGUUUUGAAUUCUUGAAAAGUCAAUUCAACCGCAUAAGAGUUACUACAGUAUCUAAAGUAUAUAAUGAAGCUAAAUGGAACAUGAGUAUUGCAGCUGCUCGGCUCAGGGAAAUUGGUGCGGAUAUGAAUAGUACCCGAAAAUCAUCUGAAAUUCCAACUGAAGACAUUAACAUGCUUCAGGAAAUGGCCUUUAUUCGUCAUCAAAACGACAUUAAAAAAUACAUUGAUGACAUGAAACAAGCAGAAAAAGCUGAAUUUGAAAAGUUGAAAAAGGCUAAUGAAUUGUUGGAAUGUCAGUGCUGUUUUGACAAUGAAUGCAUGCCAUCAAAGUGCUCAACGUGUGAUCAAGGCCAUAUUUUUUGUAAUUCUUGUAUCGUGAAAGGUACUGAUACCAGGCUGGGUGAGGGAGAUACGCAUGUGCCAUGCUUCCAAGACUGUGGAUCUGAAUUUAGUUUAGCUACAUUGCAAGAAAUUUUGAAGCCAACCAAGUUUAGUAUUCUUGUGAAGAAACGUCAGGCCGCUGAAGUAGCUGCUGCUGGUUUAGAAGGAUUAGUGUCCUGUCCAUUUUGUCAUUUCGCUUCAAUUCCACCUGAGGGUGAUAAAGUCUUCAAGUGUCUCAAUCCCGAGUGCAUGAAAGAGUCGUGUAUUCAAUGUAAAGAGCCUAAUCAUGUUCCUCUACGAUGUGAUGAAGUUGGUAAAGCGGAUAAAGCACGUAAAUACAUUGAAGAAAAAAUGACAGAAGCCCUUGCACGUAGAUGCUACAAUUGCAAAAAGGCAUACUUUAAGGAAGAAGGCUGUAACAAAAUUGAAUGCCCCUGUGGGGCUAUCAUGUGCUACCUCUGCGACAAAAAGAUUAAGGAUUACAGUCAUUUCCGUGGACAAGGAUCCGAUGAUAUGGCCAGAUGUCCAUUAUACAGUGAUAAUGCUGUGUUGAAUGCCGAAACUGUUCGUAGAGUUGCUGAUGAAGCCAAGAAAGAACUACUUAGACAAGACCCAUCGCUCAAUAUUGAAACCGAUCAUCUGUUACCAACUGUUCCUCCACCUUCUGCUGGCCCACAUCAGCAGAUUCUCCAGCCUCCUCAUUACAUGGCUCAAGCUGCCCACGCAGUGCAGAUGGCACGCGCUCAUCAUCGACGUCUUCUAGCUCAGCUUCCUCCCCAUGUUCGUAAUCAUCCAUGAGUUAAUUAAGUAUUUUCAUUUUCAUCGAAUCUUAUAUAAACAAAGAAGAAAAACGACAGAAAAAUUUCAAAGUUUUAUGUUACUACAAAAAUGAUAAAAAAAAUUUAUACUAUGAUUGAUUGUUUAAUGUUUUUGUGUUGGUACUCCUAAAGAUAAAUUAUUCCAUUUAGAUCAAAAGAUCUCAAGAAUAAUAUUAUCUAGUGCGUUGUUAUGUGAAUUUAAAAAAAAAACGAAAAGGGUACCUGAAAAAAUGUUCCUAAAUAAAUAUUUGCAUUUUUAUAUUAA